GGCCGAGUAGCCAGAGGGAGGCGAGCUCAGGCUCUCCUGGUCACUCAGGGCCCUCCAUGUGGCGAGGAGGAAGAGGAGGAAGAGGAGGAGGAGGAGGAGGAGGAGGCCUGGAGCCCCUUCCAGAUAGCUUCAUCUUGCAGCCGCCCAUCUUUUACCCGGUCGUCCCCUACGCCACAACAAUUUUUGGUGGCCUUCACGCCGGAAAGAUGGUCGUGGUCCAGGGCAGGGUCCCGCAGGAUGCUCAGAGGUUCCAGAUCGAUUUCCAGUGUGGCUGCAGCCUGCAACCCCGGCCAGACAUCGCCAUCCAUUUCAACCCUCGAUUCUACACCAUGAAGCCCCAUGUCAUCUGCAACAGCCUCCAGGGGGGACGGUGGCAGAGGGAGGCCCGCUGGCCCGGGCUGAGCCUGGGCAGAGGAGACGCCUUCCUCAUCCUCUUCCUCUUCGGAGCCGAAGAAGUGAGGGUGAGCGUGAACGGCCGGCACUUUCUCCACUAUCCCUACCGGCUCCCACUGUCCAGAGUGGACACGCUGGGCAUUUACGGCCAUAUCUUCGUGGAAGCUGUUGGGUUCCUGAACAGCAAUCCCUUUGCGGACGGUGGAAGCGAGUACCCGGCCGGAUCUCCUCUUUUACUGAAAAGCUCCAGACUGGCGGUUCCCUGCGUGUGGCCUCUUCCCAGGGGCCUGUGGCCAGGACAGGUCAUCGUGGUGCGGGGCCUCGUGGGGGCCAACCCUCAGGAAUUCACGCUGAGCUUGCAGGACGGUUCAAGCCAAGCACACAUGAAGCUCGAGGUUUGCUUCAGAAGCAGGACGGUGGCCUGGAUCUCCCCCUGGAGCCGCAGGGAGCGGAUCUCGACCCCUUUCCUCUUCCACCCACAACGCUUCUUCGAGGUGAGGCAUGGCAAGACGCCUGGCACAGCGUACCCCCCCAAAGCUUUAGUCUCCCCACCAGGCACCCCAAAGGAUGGAGGCUGGGAAGGGAGGGGGCAGCGUCACCAGCCUCUCCUCCAACUGCCUCAUUUCAUGGAUGGGGACCCGAAGAAGGAAGUCCUUUGGCGACACUCAGUCUUUUGGCGAAAGCCCAGAGGGAGGACGCAUUGAUUUCCUGUCCUCUUCCUGUCUGGGCUCUCCGGUGACACCUCUGUGGUCCCUUUCAGAAGAAAAGAAAUUUAGAGCAGAAGACGUGGGUCAGUCAAGCGCUCCCUACAGAACGUGGGCCAUUGGGCCUCUCCUGGCCUCAGUUUCCCCAUCCAUAAAAUAAAGGCUGUUAGAGCGCCUGACCUCCAAGCUCUCUUCUCGCUCUGCCUCCAGGAGAUGACAAACAACAAAACUAGCUUGUGGCUUCCUAAGAGGCAGAAACUUCAGCGAGCCAGAGGAGGUCUAGAUCCAAAUAUAAGCAUGUCAAUGCUAUUGAUGUCAUCCUCCUGGCAAGGAGGCUCCCCGAGCCCAGAGUAGACUGCACCUCCCCAAGAUCCGCCUUGGGACAAGGGUCCCCCGGAACGGACGUCACUGGUCCUGUUCCAAAGGAAAGUCUGCGUCUGUCCUCACCCCCCCCCCCAUGCUUUCUGAGAGGAAACUGAGGCUCGCUUCUGAGGCCCCGAAGACCCGGCCAGCUCCAUCAGACUAUGGGCACGUCCACAAGGGCGUCACAGGACUUUUUCAGCCACAACAAUCCUCCUGCGCCAUCUUCAGUAGGAGGGUUGGGAUUGGCCUGGGCGAAGGGUUUAGCCACACCCACACGGCGGAAGAUCCGAGACUUCUGA